AGUGGCUGUAGCUGGACCCAGACUUCCUCUCAGCUCCGAAGUCUGAGGACCCAAACCCUCCUUGGCCCAGCUUGGCUCUUAGCCCCCUGAGCCGUAAGACGGUGCCUGGGCCAGCAGCUGGGACCCUGGGAGUUCUGUCUUUUUCCUCUGCAGCGGCUUUGCCCUGGACUGGCCCUCUCUGGGCAGCUCUGCACUCCCAGUGCCUCAUCUCACCCAGAUUGUGCAGGGAUGGGAAAGUCAUCAAGGGGAAUCCUGACUCAGAAUGCAGGACUCAUGAGUGGAAAACGCUGGGGUCUCUAGUUCCUCACUUUUCCUUUUAGAAGUGUCUGGGAGUUACUGUGGAAAUAUUAGAAAAUUAGAUAAAAGUGUGAUUCAAGAAUCAUGGCGCGCCCGGCUACGGUUUGUGGCUUGUGGUCCAUAGGAGGGACUUGAAAGUCUGUUAUAAAUUGCAUGAUGAAGCAGACCCAAUUCAAUAAUCGGUUUGGUACGGUUAUGUAGUUUCCUUAUUUGUAAGAUUUAGGUGAAAAUUUCUUGGUUAUGUCAUCAGAUUAAUUGGCACUUUGUGGUUGACUAGGAUUGAUUUAUUUCUUCCACAUACAUAGUAAUUCACAAAAAAAAUGUUUGUUUGUUUGUUUGUUUUUGUUUUUUUGAGAGGGAAUCUCUGUUGCCCAGGCUGGAGUGGAGUGGCACGAUCUCGGUUCACUGCAACCUCUGCCUCCCAGGUUUAAGUGAUUCUCCCGCCUCAGACUCUGGAGUAGCUGGGAUUACAGGCACCUGCCCCCAUUGCCUGGAUAAUUUUGUAUUUUAGUAGAGACAGGGUUUUGCCAUGUUGGCCAGACUGGUCUGGAACUGCUGACUUCAUGUGAUCCACCUGCCUCAGCCUUCCAAACUGCUGGGAUUACAGGCGUGAGCCACCGCUCCUGGCCCCGUUAUCUUGAUUUCUGAAUUUUAUACUUAACUACAUGAAAUAGGACUGGGCACCUUCUAGAAGUUUGUUCGUAUUACUAAUUAUUUACUGAAUAUCCUGUGAUGGAAAUAAGUAAAUGUAUUUGUAAGUAAAUGAUACAGUGAAAAUAUCUUUUCAAGGUGACAAACCCAGGGAGUGGCAGUGCUGAUUGGAACACAGAUAUGUCUGACUCAUGUGUCAAGUCAAGCCAUCCAAUCACUUGAGAGAGAUUCUAACAUGCAUCCUGCUCACUGAAAUGCUCAAUGACAACCAUUCUAGGAGACACUGCACUGCACCUUAGGACUGUUGACAUUCAGAGAUGUAGCCGUAGAAUUCUCUUUGGAGGAGUGGCAAUGCCUGAAUCAUGCUCAGCAGAAUCUAUAUAGAGAUGUGAUGUUCGAGAACUACAGAAACCUGGUCACCCUGGGUAUUGCUGUCUCUAAACCAGAAUUGAUCACCUGUCUGGAGGGAAACAAAGAGUCCUGGAAUAUAAAGAGAAAUGAGAUGGUAGCCAAACACCCAGUUACAUAUUCUUAUCUUACCCAAGACCUUCAGCCAGAGAAGGGCAUAAAAGAUUCACUUCAAAAAGUAAUAAUACCAAUAAGACAUGGAAAAAGUAAUACCAAGAAGAUAUGUGGACAUGAGAAUUUACAAUUUAAAAAAUGCUGUGAAAGUGUGGGUGAGUGCGAGGUGCACAAAGGAGGUUAUAAUGAAGUUAACCAAUGUUUGUCAACUACCCAAAACAAAAUAUUUCAGACUUAUAAAUGUGUCAAAGUCUUUGGUAAACUUUCAAAUUCCAACAGACAUAAGACAGGACAUACUGGAAAGAAACAUUUCCAAUGUAAAAAGUAUGGCAAAUCAUUUUGCAUGCUUUCACACCUCAGUCAACUUCAGAUAAUUCAUAGUAGUGAAAAUGCCUACAAAUGUGAAGAAUGUGGCAGAUCCUUUAACUGCUCCUCAACGCUUACUAAACAUAAAAGAAUUCAUACUGGAGAGAAACCCUACAGAUGUGAGGAAUGUGGCAAAGCUUUUAGCUGGUCCUCAACCCUUACUAAACAUAGGAGAAUUCAUACUGGAGAGAAACCCUACGGAUGUGAAGAAUGUGGCAAAGCCUUUAGCCGCUCCUCAACCCUUGCCAACCACAAGAGAAUUCACACUGGAGAGAGACCCUACAAAUGUGAAGAAUGUGGCAAAGCCUUUAGCUUAUCCUCAACCCUCACUUACCACAAAAGAAUUCAUACUGGAGAGAAACCCUACACAUGUGAAGAAUGUGGCAAAGCCUUUAACUCCUCCUCAACCCUUAAGAAACAUAAGAGAAUUCAUACUGGAGAGAAACCGUACAAAUGUAAAGAAUGUGGAAAAGCCUUUACCUUCUCCUCAACUCUCGAUACUCAUAAGAGGAUUCAUACUGAAGAGAAACCCUACAAAUGUGAAGAAUGUGGCAAAGCUUUUAAGUGGUCCUCAGGUCUUGCUAAUCACAAGAAAAUUCAUACUGGAGAGAAACCCUACAAAUAUGAAUAAUGUGGCAAAGUCCAGCUCUCAGGCCUUAUAAUACGUAAUAUAAUUUAUACUGGAAAAAAUCACUGCAAGUGUGGAGAAUGUGGGCAAGCCUUUAACCAGCUCCAAACCUUUAUUGUACACAAGAUAAUUCAGAUUGGACAAAAAUCAUAUACAUAUAAAAAAAGUAACACAGCCUUUAAAACCAGCCCUCAAACCUUAAUGAAUCUAAGAAAUUUAUGUUAAAAAAAUUUUAUUUUGAGAUGGAGUCUUUGUCACCCAGGCUGGAGUGCAUUGGCACAAUCUCAGCUCACUGCAACUUCCGUCUCCCGGGUUAAAGCGAUGCUCCUGCCUCAGCCUCCUGAGUAGAUGGGAUUACAGGUGUGUACCACCAUACUGGCUGACUUUUGUAUUUUUAAUAGAAAACCCCAUCUUUACUAAAAAUACAAAAAUUAUUUUUUAAAAUGUGGCAAAGCCUUUAACUGGUUCUCCGUCCUUAUUAAUUAAAAAAUGGUAUACUGGAGAGAAACUCUACAUACAUAAAAAAUGUGACAGAGCAUUUAACCACACCUCAAACUUUUCUAAAAGAGAAAUCAAACAGAGAAACUCUGGAAAUGUGUUAAAUGUGUCAAGGCCUUUAUGGUUGUCACACAUUAUGGUAGGUAAGAUAAUUCAUACUGAAGAAUACUCGUAAAAAUAUGGAGAAUAUUGCAAAACUUUUAACAAAUUCUCACACCUUAUUGCACAGGAAAGCAUUUAUACUAGAUUAAAACUGUACAAAUACAAAGAAUGUGAAAGCCAUUAAUAUAUGCUCACAUCUUACUCAAUAUCAGAAAGUUUGUACUUAAUGAAAGCACUCUAGGCCAGGCAUGGUGGCUCACAUGUAUAAUCCCAACGCUUUGAGAGGCCAAGGCAGGUGAAUCCUGAGGUCAGGAGUAGAAGACCAGUGUGGUCAACAAGGUAAAACACCAUCUCUACUAAAAAUACAAAAAUUAGUUGGGCGUGGUGGUGUGCACCUGUAAUUCCAGUUGCUGGGGAGGCUGAGACAGGAGAAUUGCUUGAAUCUGGCAGGCAGAGGUUGCCGUGAGCCAAGAUUGAGCCAAUACACUGCAGCCUGGGUGACAGAGCAAGACUCCAUCUCAGGGGAAAAAAAGCAUUAGAAAUAUGACUAUAAAAAGACCUUUCAGAAUAUGUAGGCCUUUAAAGACUAUUUACUCUGAAGACAAGCAUCACAAACAUAAAGAGGAUUGUAGUACCUUUAUUUGUAUUACAGAUUUUAUUGUAUAUGUUUUAUAUUAAAGGGAAACCCUGAAGCAGAUGCCCAAACUUUGUUGAGAAUUUAUAUUUGAGAGAAAGCCUAAAAUUCUAAUGAAUGUGAAAAACAUUUGUUUACAAACUACAGUUUAGAAAAUACCCAUUUAUACUAAUUUCUGCAGAUGCAGUAAAUGGGAAAAAUAUAUUUAUUCAAAAAUUGUCUAUAUAUACAUUUGAGGAUUUCAGAGUAGAAAGAAGGAAGGCACUGCAGUCAGUGUCAGACAUUACUCUAAAUCAGAGUGCUGAGUAUCAAAAAAUCCAAAGCUAACACUAUAUACAUUUUAAAGAAGCAGAUUUUUUUUAGAGAUUUAUAAUUACAUUCAAGGUAUGCUUCUUUUUAUGUAAGAAAAUUAUAUAUUUUCUAAAAAGCAAAUAAUGUAACUCAAUCUCAAGUAUCUUCAUGUUGAUUCUUCUCAUCGUUUAUAUAAAAGUAUUUACUUUUUGCUUCAGAGAUAUUAGAGGUUGUUUUUUAUUAGGUGUCCAUUCUUCAUGAGCUUUUCUGUGGAAGACUAAGGACAUUAAGUUGUAAGUUGCAUAAUAAAAACCUAAAUGGAGAGGCUCUUUGUGGUUGACUUGUAACACUGUGUUAGUGAUGUAUAAGGCAGGUGUUCUGUAGAAUCCUGAGUAAUAUUUUGAAUUCUAGUGAAAGGAAAACCUUUGACUGUUAGUAGUAAAUUAUUUUAUCAAUUGUACCUGUAUUAUAAACUAUCCAGUCUGUAAAGAAAAAUUUUAAAAUAAAUAAAUAAAUAAAUAUUGUCCCUGUAUGUAAUAAAAUGCAAUAAAUUUAAUUUUUUUCAA